AUGAAAAUGAUCAUAGCUCUCGCCGCUCUCGUGGCUGUCGUUUCUGCUGCUCCACAGCGUGGGAUAGAUACCUUUGAUGCUUCGCAACCCUCCUUCUUCCAGAAUCCUCUCACAUUCUUCAACACUGCCCCCUCCUACGACAAAGAAGUAGAAAAGAUUACCAUUGUUAGUGAAGAGCCACACAACAACAAUGGCCACAGUCCUUACAGAUUCUCUUACCAGCUGUCUAAUGGUCAGUUCCACAGAGAAGUCGCCGAAGCCGUGCUGUUCCGUGAUCCCAAAACCGACAAAGACUUCACCGUUUAUAGAGUUAAAGGGUCAUUCGGUUAUCCUGACGGAAACGGAAAUAUCAUAACCGUCAACUACGUUGCCGAUGAAAAUGGUUUCAGACCCGAGGGAGAGCACUUACCUAAGAAUUAUCGCAAAGGAAAAUAG